CUUCUGUUGGGUCGGUGCGGCGGCGCGGAUUUCCUACAGUAGAACAACUGCACUCUUUUCGGCGGUGUUAGUGGAUACCAUCGGCCUAUUCAAGUUCACAACCAGAAGUUCUUACUAAGUCAACUUGCCACUGAACGUAACAAUAAUGUCUCUAAAUGAUGUAAAGCUUUCUGAGGAUCUGCAAGAGUUGAAGGAACUGAGAAAGCUUGCCCAGCGGAAAUGUGCCCAAGAGAUCUUGGAUAUCCAGAUAAGGAAAACUAGUGAUGCUUUGGACAGAUUGAAGUCACAAGAAUCCCAGAAAGGUUCAGUGACAGAGGCAAAUACCAAACUAACCAAAGACAGCACUGCUAAAGUCUACACAGUUACCCUCAGGACUUAUUCAUGGGACCAGUCAGACAAAUUUGUGAAGUUGUAUGUUACCAUUCCAAGCUUGAAACCUUCCGAUGAAGAGAAUGUGAAGUGUGUUUUCAGUAGCCGCAGUGCGUCUCUCAUUGUCUCCGAGGUUGACGGGAAAAACUACGAGCUUGUCAUCAACAACCUUGCUAAACAGAUUGUACCCGACAAGAGCUUCUGGAAGGUCAAGAAAGAUAUGGUGGUGAUGAUGUUGAGUAAGGAGCGUUUGGCCCAGUCUUGGCCAGCCGUUACCGCCGAGGAAGUGAAAAUUAAAGAAAAGAACAAACCCGAGGAUCCAGACACGUCUGAUCCUUCAGCGGGCAUGAUGGGACUCAUGAAGAAAAUGUAUGACGAAGGCGACGAUAAAAUGAAACAGCUGUUGAACAAAACCUGGUAUGAAUCACAGUCGAAGGCAGCAACAGGGGCGCCUGGCUUAGGUUCCCUGCCUGACAUGAAUGACAUCUAAACACUGUCAUCGAAGCUAUUUCGAAACGGGUGAAAUGAACGAUUCAAUAUAUUUUGCUCAACAGGACAGCUUCAAAUAACGGUUAUUUUCACCAAGUGAGAGCUGGAAAAGGUUUCAAUAAACUGACGCGUCUA